CCUUCCCGGAGCGGAACAAAACGGCGCGCGCGCGCGCGGUGGGGUGCACGCAGCCCCGGCUUCCCGAGCGCCCGCCGUCGCUCCGCCGCCGCCAGAAUGCCAAACUGGGGAGGAGGCAAGAAAUGUGGGGUGUGCCAGAAGACCGUCUACUUUGCUGAGGAGGUCCAGUGUGAAGGCAACAGCUUCCAUAAAUCCUGCUUCCUGUGCAUGGUCUGUAAGAAGAAUCUGGACAGCACCACUGUGGCCGUGCACGGGGAGGAGAUCUACUGCAAGUCCUGCUAUGGCAAGAAGUAUGGGCCAAAAGGCUAUGGCUAUGGGCAGGGCGCAGGCACCCUGAGCACAGACAAGGGGGAGUCGCUGGGCAUCAAGCAUGAGGAAGCACCUGGCCACAGGCCCACCACCAACCCCAAUGCAUCCAAGUUCGCCCAGAAGAUCGGCGGCUCCGAGCGCUGCCCGCGGUGUAGCCAGGCGGUCUAUGCAGCAGAGAAGGUGAUUGGUGCCGGGAAGUCCUGGCAUAAAUCCUGCUUCCGGUGUGCCAAGUGUGGGAAAGGCCUGGAGUCCACCACCCUGGCAGACAAGGAUGGCGAGAUCUAUUGCAAAGGAUGCUAUGCUAAAAACUUUGGACCCAAAGGCUUCGGCUUCGGACAGGGAGCUGGAGCCUUGGUCCACUCAGAGUGAAGCCGCCAUUGCCCGCUGCACCGUCCACUCCUGUGCUUCUCAUUGUCACCCCCCUGCAGCAGCCUCGGCGCCCCCCAGGACCUCGCUCACUCAGCCCUGCCACACAUCACUAAUGACUUGAACUUGGGCAUCUGGCUCCCUUUGGUUUAGGGGGGUCUGGCCUGAGCUCCCACCUCACUAAGGAGUUCCCCUGCCUGUCCUCUGAUACUACCACCAGUAGGAGACACCUGUCUUUUUAGUCUAAGUGGGACCAGACCCCCCUCUCCCUACACUUCACCCCACAGCCCUCUGCUUUUGGCCUCUUAAGCUCAAUGUCCGACAGCAACCAGCCAGGGCACCUGGGCCACAUCUUGAAGUCUAAAGGAGGAGCAGCAGCUAUAGGCCAAGAGGAAGCAGACCCAGAAAGAGGCAGGGAAAGGCGGUGGCUUACUGGACCGUAGGGGUUCUCCUGUGGUAGAGGAUAGGCUGCUGGUGUCUCUCAGAAGAAGUCUGAGGAGUCCCAGUCGAGUAGUCACUGUGGAAGGCUGAGAUGUGUACAGGCAUGGCCCUAACCCUUGGAGAGGAUCCCCUUGCUUCUCUGGCCUGAGUCUGUGGAACUGGUGGACUCCCAUUUAGGACUGGAGGAUCCAUUCUCAGGAGGUCGUCUGACCCCCUUCUGCAUCUAGUUCCUGGUUUGGAGAAUCAGAGUGACAUACUUCCAACACACAUUUGAGUUUCUUAGUGGUCCAACUCUUAGGGGAGUUGGCACUGGCCCUAACUAUGGGUCCUGAGGCUGCAGUGGGCAGCUCCUCCCUGCUCCCAGCCCAGCCCAGCCUGGAUGUGGAGGGAGGCAGACAGCCUCAGCCUUCUUUCAACAUUCCUUCUCUCUGUGCCCACUCCUUACACCUCCCCUUGUACCUCCACCCCUGGGCACCUUUGCUGGCCCUAUAGCUCCAUUUGUUCCAAGCCUGCAGGUCAGGAGCAGCAGGCUGAGAGGGAGGGGCAGCGUCCACUGACAGGACGCUGUCUGUAGCUGCAGAAGCAGGCUGCGUUCAAGCUGAUUUCCCAUCUGGUCAAUAAAGCUGUUUAGAACAGAA